GGAUCUUAUACUUAGACUACGUUAUCUGGCCCCAAAUCAUAUCAACGCAAUAACACAACAAUUACAUGCGCAUAUACCGGUACCCCGCCCUCAAGUAUGUUUGGUGUACAAAAUAAAUCUGCACUAUUUUGUUGAGAUCGUCAUGCUGAUGAUAACGCCCGGUAAAAACGUCAUCUAUUUCUAAUUUUAAUCUAACGUCGGAUUUUUCCUGCUCGAUUUGGAUGGUCUUUACUGUUACUCUGCCUGUACUGAUACCGAUGUCAAAUUAGAUGCUGAUUUGAAUCCGUCGAAGACGAAGUGACUCGAGUCUGCAUGACUCUGACUGAGCCUCGCUCGGGUGAGCUCCGCCUCGCCUUCAGCUGUCGCUGUGCUCGCGUCGACGUUGGGCAUGCGCAUGUAUGUAAUACUACUAGACUAAGACACUGUUCAUCUUGCUGUGCUGUGCAUGCAGUGAAAUUUUGACUGUUCACUUUAAGUUUUACACGUAGCCCUUAAAGUUUCAAUUGAAGAGGACCUCUUCCCCUAACGGCCUUUGUACCGGUAAUAUUUGUACUUUGUAGACAGCUUAGCUUAGCUUAGCAACAGAACUGCUUCAAUUGUUCAUCAUCAUAAUUCAUACUCAUUUUUAGCCCAGCCCAGGCAUUGAUUCUAUUCUCUAUACCGGUACCAACUAUUGAAAUCAAGGAUUUAUGCAAAAUGGAGAAAGCAGAAAAUGCAGAUAUUCAGAACUUGCAGAAUGCAGCAGGAGAUAGCGUUGCCAGUCCUAACACAAGGCGCCGUCUCCUCAAGAUGAAAGCCCCAAAGCUUCAUAUCAAAAUACCAUUCCUGAAGCGAGGAUUUCAUGUUGAUGAUGGCCGCGGCUGCCACAGUGCCGAUGUAGUCAGCAACUCCCUUCCAAAUGAGUCGUUCAUGCCUAGUAAAAUAUAUGAUGUCGAAUUGUAUCAUGAUUGUGAAGAAUGUGGUGAGGAAGAGAACCUACCAGAAGGUGAUCAUGAUUCUUCCAUCGUCGCCAAGGCAGUGGAACCAGAAGAUGAAGCUGACUCAGACAAGCAUCAAAGCGACCUUGAUGAGAAUGAAAAGGACAAUGAGAAAGAGAUGACAGAAAAUGGACAGGAUAACUCCCAAGAAAAUACAGCUACAGAAGAGAUUGAGAAAGUAUCAACAGAAGGAGUUGCGGCACCAAGUACCAAAAAGGGUUGUCUAAAACCUUGCUUAAAGGUUAAUUACCAUGGUCGACGGAGGGCUAGCACUUACCCAGGACCUCACGACUGCCUGGAGGCUAGCUUCAAGAGGUGCGUCACGUUUUCACCGGACACGGUAGAACCUGCCACCAGGAACUGCAAGUACCGGGAAUGGAUCGAGAAGAAGUGCAUUCACCCGAGGAGCCCCCAGAUCAACGUCAAGCAUGAGAAGAGAAAAUGCCAACUGAACCAAAUGAGGAAGGUGAAUAUUUCAGAUUACAUGUCCAAGAACUAUGGGUCAUCUUUCUUUAGUCCUAUUGGAAGCUUUGGAGGUGACAUGCUCCUAUAACUAAUUAGCCUCAGUAUGAAAUGAAUCAACCAAUAAACUGCCUUGAUGAUGCAUUUUAUCAUAUCGAUCAACCAAUCAGAUAGCAUGGUGGUGAAUAUUCAUGAUUUGGGCAACCAGUGAUGAUGAAUAUUUGUGAUGUGGGCAAACCAGUCAAUUAAUGGAGGACAUGUAACAAAUGAGCUUCAAUGAGAUAUGAAUCAACUAAAAAUGAACUGCCUUCUUGAUUCAUAAAUCAGAUAGCAUAGAGAUGAAUAUUCAUGACUUAGGUCACCAACUAAUGUGUAAUGUAAUGAAUAUCCAUCUGCUGAUCAAUCAGCUAGCUGGCUUUGUAGAUAUGAUGGCAUAUUCAUCUAAUGAAUAGUCAGCUAUUAUGAAGUGUAAAGAUGUGUAAAUUAUUUUGAUGAUGAUUAUUCAACAAUUUUGUUGAUGAAUAUUCAUCUGCUUCAAACAAUAAUUGAUUAACAGUCAUUAGUAGGUAGUGUUUAGCAAUCAAUUGACAGAAAACUGAAAUAUUCAUGCAGCGAUCAUCAAAGAUAUAAUCUAAUUGGCUCAUGGAGAGACGUUUGUCACCAGCCCCCCCAAAAAAAAUCUGCUGCCAUAUAUUAAAGGAAAGUAUCCUUGUUGUAUUUUCUUAUUAGAGUUUUAUUAAAUAUUAACCUAACCUAAUAUUUUUUUGGUUGUUUUGUUACUUACAUUUAAUGUUUUCAAUUUUUCAUCUAUCAGCAUUUUGAAAUUGGCCUUGUCUUCUAAACAUAAAAGUAUGUAAGAGCAUUGUAGUUUAUCUGUUAAAAUCUUUUAUUUGUAUCUUGUGUGUAUAGUAACUCUCAUCCAUACAUUGGGUUGUAAUUCUUGUGCCCCAUAACCCUCUAUCAUGACCUUGGACCUAAUCUAUUUACUGUUUUGCUGCUAAAGUAAACUAAUAAAUCUUCAGAAGAUGUUCUAUGUUUCAAGUACUAAUUAAAUUAUCCAUUUUAUAUCAAAGUCAAAGUGUUACUUUGAACAAAGAGAUAUUUAUUAUUAACGUAGAAAAUGAAAGGUAUUUUAAUUAAAGAUUUAUGUACAUGUAGAUAUUAUUAACCAAGGCUUUAUAUUAGCAGUGGUUCUAUGGCCCAGGGUAACUCCAAAAUUAAAGUCCAUCCCAGAAAUUGUUGAUUUGAAUCAAGAGAGAAAUAUCAAACAAGCAAAUGCUGAAAAUUUCAUUAAAAA